AUGGAUCUCCACCGUAAGAGGCACGGAAGACGCCUCGAUUAUGAAGAGAGGCAGCGGAAAAAGCAAGCUCGAGCUGCUCAUGAACGCUCACAAAUGGCUAAGAAGUUGCGAGGUCAUAAGGCCAAGCUCUACCAUAAGAAGAGGUAUUCAGAGAAGGUUGAAAUGCGAAAGUUGCUCAAACAGCAUGAGGAGAAGGAGCAGAAGAGCACAGUCGACACGCCUGAUCAGGGUGCCGUUCCUGCUUAUCUCUUGGAUCGUCAACAGCAAACUACUGGUACAGUUCUCUCAAAUAUGAUUAAACAGAAGAGGAAGCAGAAAGCUGGCAAAUACCAAGUUCCUCUUCCUCAAGUUAGAGCUGUCAGUGAUGCGGAAGCAUUCAAAGUGGUAAAGUCUGGAAAAACGAAAAGAAAAGGUUGGNCUCGUCGUGUCGCUGGCAAAUACCAAGUUCCUCUCCCUCAAGUUAGAGCUGUCAGUGAUGCGGAAGCAUUCAAAGUGGUGACUUUCGUAGGAGAGUCGUUCACACGUAAGCCAGCAAAGUUCGAAAGAUUCAUAAGGCCUAUGGGAUUACGUUUCACAAAGGCUCACGUGACGCAUCCAGAGCUGCAAACGACUUUCUACCUUCCAAUUGUCUCAGUGAAGAAGAAUCCUUCGAGCCAAAUGUAUACCUCACUGGGGGUGAUCACGAAGGGAACCAUAAUUGAGGUGAACGUAUCCGAGUUGGGUAUGGUUACGCAAGGAGGAAAGGUUGUCUGGGGAAAAUUCGCUCAAGUCACGAAUAAUCCCGAAAACGAUGGUUGUAUUAAUGCAGUAUUGUUGAUUUGA